UCCAUCCAUCGCGCGGAACGCAGCUACGAGCAGUAGCAGCGUGCGUGCGGCACACAAGCAUGCACUGGCCCGCCCUUAAACCCUCGCCGGCCAGGAAGAAGCCCGCGCCGGAGCCCAUGGCGUCCUCCGCCGUCCUCAGCGACCUGGAGGAGACUGACGACGGCUGGAUCGUCCUGCCCCCGGCGCCGCCCAACUCCGGGCAGGUCAACGCAUCCGCCGACGGAGAAGCGUUCGACCCGGCCCCGGACGCCAUCGUCGGCCGGUACCUGCCCCUGCGCCGCGCGCUGCGGUGCGACGGCCUGCCCCGGCAGAUCCACGACGCCGACGUCUACGGCGCGCACCCCGGCUUCCUCGCCGCCGUGUACCCGCCGGCCAACGGCCGGUCCGAGCGGUUCUUCUUCGUGUGCCGCGCGCAAUGCCAGGGCGGGCGGCGCAGGGCCGGCCCCGGCGCCUACCGCCUUGGUAGCGAGGCCAGGCUCCUCGGUGGCGCCGCCUACUGCCACGCCUUCCGCUACUACGAGGACGAGGCCGAGACCGGCUCGGCCUCCACGAGGGAGACCGAGUGGCGCAUGGACGAGUACGGCGAGUGCCGCUCUGCCGCCGCCGCCGCCGCCGCCUUCGACAUGGUGGUGUGCAAGCUCUACCCGGCGCGCGGCGGGGCCGUCCACACGAUGCUCGGCGUCCAUGACCCCGCCUCGCCAUGGCACCGUCCAGACGUGCAUAAGCCGCAGGUGCUCGUCCAGCUCUACCUCGACAGCCUCAGCCUGGGGGACCCGCGGCGGUGCAGAAUGUACGCCGCGGCCGACGUCUUCGCCGCGCACCCGGCGGCGCUCACGGUGGCGUUCCCGGCGGCCAACGACCGGUGCGAGUGGUUCUUCGCCGUGCACCGGCAGCACAAGCUCAAGGAGGACGGCGAGGACAAAGCGCGCCCGCGGAGGGCCGGGCCAGGGACGUACGUGCUGGUGCGCGAAGGCAGCGUCGUGAACGGCAGGGGUGAGGACAUAGGGUACCGCCGCGUGUUCUUGUACAGGGAAGACGACGCGACGGCGAGGCGGGUGUCGCGGACGGAGUGGUGGAUGGAGGAGUACGGGUUCGGGAAGGACUUCCCGCACGGCGAGCUGCCACCGGCGAAGACGCCAACGGCCGAGGACGAAGAGGAUGAGCUGGUGGUGUACAAGCUGUACCUGAAAAUGGCUGGUCACCGGCGGUAGAAAACGCUUCCUUCCCAGAAUGAAAUAGGUCUGCAGAUUCUGUCAAAUACACGACAUAGACUGAAACUGAACUCAGCCUUAAGCGUCCAGGGUGACAUGUAUAUAUAUCCAAAAGAACGACAGUCAUUUGGGGUUUGAUGAUAUCACCGAGAUAGUUUGCUUUAUUUCUAACAGAGUUUUACACAGAGAUUUAACAUUCACUGCGGACAUACUAGACAGCAACAAGCCCUGAACUUGCCAAACAUCAACCUUGGUUAUUUCAUGACACGGGGACGAU